GAUUGUUCAAGUUCUCCAACCCGGAGAACUCGAACUAGGUUGUUGUUCUUUGCCGGUCAUUAAACAAAUCUUGACGCUUCUCAUAUAACGGAAAACAAUCGCAAAGUAGGAUGUCCGAGAGACGAACGCGUGCAUUGUUUUAUGCCCUGAUGGCCUUUUAUUCCCCAAACAUAUGGGCCCAAUCCACCAAGGAAUGGCCUUUGUUUGACCCUGGUCAUCGUCGGAUUGUGGAUGCUGACCAAAUUCGCCCCAAUGAGCGAUAUCCAUUUUUGGCACUUUUUAAUUUCCAUCCGGUCCCCUAUGCCAAAUGCACGGGAUCCUUGAUCACUCCCCAAUGGGUCGUGAGUGCCGCCCACUGCCUCGGACCCAAGUCUAAGAUUUCCGUGAAGGAUUGCGGAUCCCGCUUGAAGGUCAAGGUGAAGCUAACCUGCGAGGCCAUGGCCAAUGGCGACCUCAAGAUCAUGCCUCGUGGAACAAAACAUUGGCCCGAGGUCCUGGUUGGGGUCAACGACAUCCACAAGGAGUAUAAGGAUGCAGCCAAGUAUUUGGUGGACUUUAUCAUCCGUCCAGCGGACUCAUAUCCGGGCGGUAACUAUGGUUCCUAUGGAGGAUACGACCUCAUCUUGAUCCACUUGAAGACUGCCGUGCCCAAGAUUCGGCCAAUUUGCUUGCCCAUGGGAAUAUCAUUCGAGGAUAGCGGGAAAGCCAUUAUUGCUGGCUAUGGCCGCUACAAGAGGCCUCCUUGUGAGGUUGGACCUGAGGGACCUCACAAAUUCGAGUUCUGUGGAGUGGGUCAAGAGUGCUUCAAAGGCUCCAAGGCCUUCGCCAAGGCCAAUUGUUCCAUUCGGUUCCCCUACCAAGGUGAGGUGAUCCAAGGGUGCUCCCACACACCCACGCCCAGCGCCUCGAAUCCGAAAUGUGCACAAUUCUUCCAAGUCACAGGCUUGCAAUUCAAUAAGAAUGUGGACGAGUUCGUUUUGGUAAAAGAAGCGGAAGCCGAGGUUGAGAACGAGGCUAAGGAGACCAAGGAGGCCAAGGAGGCCAAGGAGACCACCAAACUCAUGAUUGACACUAAAUGUUUCAGAAUUCAACCGGGAAGUUUCGGCUGGUGCGGCACUAUCCAUAAUUAUCGCAAUUUUCGUUCCCAAGAGUUGCAUGUCACACCCGAGACUGGCUGGGGCUUUUGUCAGCGAUCCUGUUUUCCCAAACAAUCCCAAUCCCUGGGAGGCGUUGAGAGACACAAGAUGGUCGAUGUCAUCUCGCCAAAAUAUUGCUACGAGCAAAUGGCCAACCAAGGACCCUAUAAAGUGUUGCCCAAGGUGCUUUGCGUGGCAUUCAACCACACUUUCAAGACCGAGUUCUACAAAGUCAACAAGAAAGAUGGAGUUCGAGACCAGUUCACGGCCCUGACGCCCAAUAAUCCAACCCUGCAACAGUUGUUGGGCCGACCGCAGAAUUGGUAUAUCCGGGGAACAGGCUCUUGUGCGGGCGACAGCGGUGGCCCAUUAUUCAAGGUGCUUCCACGCCCAAAAGAUGUUACGGAAUACGUUCUAAUUGGGAUCACGAGUCGGGGAACGGGAGUGAGAGGAAACUGCGGAGGGUUGGAUAAUCCCACCCAUUACGUUCGAGUGAAACUCUUUGUCAAGUGGAUUUUGUCUUACGUCGGAGAAGAAAAUCUCUGCCUCAGUAGAACCAGUGGAACCAAAUUGGAACACGACGACGAGUAAUGAAUGCCCUCGUCUAUCCACGAGAAAUGUUUACAUAUAUUUCACGUUGGGCAAAGCUGGCACAAUAAACGUUCUACUUCUGAGUUCUGUCCUCUACUGAGUCUCCUUUUGUCAAGGUUUGGCUGCCCCACAGCUUGGCAUAAAGGCCUUCCUUCCGGGCCAAGAGCUCACUGUGGGUGCCCGACUCUGCGACACGCCCCUUGGAGAUGACAAAAAUGCGAUUUACGUUCUGUAUGGUGCUCAGACGAUGAGCGAUCGUGAUGGAGGUCCGCCCCUCUUGCGCCUUAUCCAAGGCCGCUUGAACCACCUACAAAAUAGAAACCGAAA